GGGAGUUUCCGGGCACUGCCAAUGGGACCAGCUGCCGGAAUGACUCAAUGGGAAGGGGGCCAAGCUCCACCAAGCGUGCGCUGUUCUCGUUGCUCCCCACCCGCUGGAAGAAAAAGAACAUUCUGGCGCACCACCUUGGCGGGCAGCAACAGCAGCAAGUCCACGGGGCAAUUUCCCCUAUGCUAAGAUUGCACAUGCGACGGUCACUGUCGAAUGGGCACAAAGGAAGAUACGCGCAGUAAAAGCAUCGCCAACAACAUUCAAGCCAGCACCCAGUCGUCUCGACCACUCAGCGCCGGGCAACGGGUCGAAAAAGAAAAGGAAUCGACCUUAGGUGUCCAUGACGACAAAGUCCACGCACGCGAGCACUAAGGCUUCCCAGCAUUCGUGUCGCUACAGGCGUGGGUACGGGGCGCCACAGGCCCUGGCUCCCAUCCCGUGGCGAGAACAAACCGGCACUCAACGUUAGUUUCCCCUACCGCAUUGGGCACUCUUGCACGCAGAUGACACGACAAAAAAAUUUAGUGUGGUGGGUUCUCAGGGAGAAGCCGGCUGUCAGCCCAGUUCCACUAUCAAGGUGGCCCCAGUCAGUGGUGGUCUCUGCUUUGCCAGAGAACCAAACGGUCGCCAACGAGACGAAUAUAAUUGCUAAGGCUUACUUUAUGGCAGAGGGAUCAUGCGCGGCGUUGCGCGGAACAAAUAACUCUAAUAUCGACUGUUUUUAGUUAAUUUGGUUGAGUCCAUCGAUCAGGAACGGCGACGCCAGCAGGAAUGCUUCGCCUCCCGGGGAGAUAUCGAGGGCUCCGUCCAAUGCAUCCUGACCUCGCAAGCGCAAACAGUCACAAGGGAACGCAGAUCCCGCGUCCAUACAGGCGCGGCUUAUUGAAUAUCCCGAACUCGUUCGGAUAUCGAGAAAGAUGAGGCUCCCCGUAAAUGAGGGGGCAUCAACUUUCCAAGGCAUCCGUAGCUUCCGGGCGCUCAUGCAAGGGUGCCAGCGCGCCAGGCAAGAAACGCGAUCGGAUUGACAGACGCACGUGUGCCUGGCAUCAGUAGCAGAAACAAGGCACCGAAUACUUUGUCUAUGUAACAGAGCUUUUUCAAGAUGUAGAGUCAUAUGGCAUUCCAAGACAUUCAAUUGUAGUUGAAACGUUGUCCUUUGGGAGAAUUCAACAAGAGAUUCCCUGUAUAUAUUGCGAAUAUUUCUCAUUCUAUUCCAAACGUACCCAGCCAGGUCAAACCAAGGCCUAUCUGUUUUGGUAAGCUGAGGCUAACGUUGUCGCCGAGCCUGAGGCCGUUACGCUUUUAAUGGCCUGCUGACCUUCCCGCUCCGAAACAUGUUCGUCGGUGCCCAUUGUCCAAUCAAUUUUAUCGGGAUAUUCAAAGCUAGGGUCUGCUUCUGUGUACAUCAUUGUCGCAGGCCUUACUUACAAGGCAGCAAUAAUAUGAUUCCAACCUCUCGGUUUCCAUACUUGUAAAUCGAGCUGGGAUAGGUAUACUCUUCGCGUGUUAGUUAGCUGUAGAAGGCCGUGUAGUAGAGUGGGCCAGCAUGGCGUUGUUAUCUAAUCGAUCUUAUCGGUGCGACUCCAGCGAAAAAAAAAUCCAAGCCUUUGGGCCAGCCAUCGUGACAGUAUCAAACCCCACACUCCAACACCAAGCGACCGACAGUCAAAAUGGCGGACGAUGGCAUGGAAUUGAAUUUUGAAAUUGGCAGCGGGCCUAUAAAGCCGCAAGUCAAGUUCAAGGGCGGAUCGUGGCGAGAGCGAAAAAGGGCCGAGCGAGGCGUCAAGAUAGCCUCUGGAGAAGAUGGCCCACGCCGAAGAGACUACGAUGACUCUCCCCGAACAUUCAAGAAGCGAAGAUUCGACGACUCCGAUGCCUCCCCUGCUGAAUUUCGCCCUCGACCCCGGUCUCAUUUCUCCUCUGGGGACCAUGAUUCUGAGGACCGCUCUGGCUCCCAGCCCCGACGAGAACAAGGCGGCCCUCUUGGCGGCAAAGGCAAUAGACAAGUUAUUUCUUCUCUAUUUAGCUUCAAUCCAACUCAAAAGACAACUUUCGAAGACACAGAAUGGGCCGCUCCGAAAGCAACAAAUGCCCCAUUGGCAGACGUGGCCAACUUUGGGUCUCUGACCCUUUCGUCUCGCCUGGUCGACGAGUUGACAAAGUUGAACCUGGAGCGCCCGACGGCCAUUCAACAAAAGGUCAUCCCACAUCUUCUUCAGAGUAGUACAGACGCAUUUGUACAAGCUCAAACCGGUUCUGGCAAAACUUUUGCUUAUCUACUUCCUAUCCUGCACCGCGUUCUGCAACUCAGCGCCAAGGGCGACGGCAAACAAAUACACCGCGACUGUGGCGUCUUUGCCAUCAUUGUUUCCCCGACUCGAGAAUUAGCCAAGCAAACCCAUACCGUACUUGAGCAACUGCUUAGACCGUUUCCCUGGCUAGUCUCAACCGCAAUCACAGGUGGUGAAUCAAAGAGGGCAGAAAAGUCUCGCAUCCGAAAAGGCGUCAACUUUCUUGUUGCAACCCCGGGCCGACUAGCAGAUCAUAUCGAAAACACACAGGCGCUCUCCUUUGGCACAGUACGAUGGCUGGUGCUUGAUGAAGGAGAUCGUCUUAUGGAUCUCGGCUUUGAGGACGAUCUAAAGAAGGCUAUCAACGCCCUGAAACGAGUCAAUGUGCUCAAUCGAACGACUAGUGGUGUCUCUCUAGAGACUCUCCCAGAGCGCAGAGUAACUGUUUUGUGUUCCGCUACAAUGAAGAUGAACGUCCAAAAGUUGGGAGAGAUGAGUCUUGCGGAUGCCACAUUCCUAGCAGCUGACAAGGAGACGGAAAAGAUUGAAGAAGAGCCUGCCACUCACAAAGCGCCCGCACAGCUUCACCAGUCACAUGUCAUUGUGCCUGCUAAAUUGCGUCUUGUUACAUUAAUAUGCUUGCUCAAAUCGAUAUUUUCUCGCAGAGGUCAGACAAUGAAGGUCAUCAUCUUUAUUUCCUGCGCCGACUCUGUCGACUUUCACUUUGAGCUGCUUCGCAAUCCAGAUACUUCCGAGCCAUCUCCAGUCCCAGAAAAAGAUCGAGAGCUUGUGUCGAAAACAGUGGCAAAGGCCGCUUACAUGACAUCGCAGGCUAGCCCUGACGUAGUCCUACACAGGAUGCACGGCUCACUUUCGCAACCGAUUCGUACCGCUACUCUACGCUCUUUCACAGCCUGCAAAUCACCUUCGGUAUUAAUUACCACCGAUGUAUCAUCAAGAGGUCUUGAUAUCCCUUCCGUUGAUAUGGUUAUUGAAUAUGAUCCGGCGUUUGCCUUUGACGACCACAUUCACAGAGUUGGACGAACAGCUCGUGCUGGCCGUUCCGGUGAGGCUGUUUUGUUCUUGUUGCCAGGCAGUGAGGAAGGCUACAUUGAGCUUCUCAAGGCCUCUACACAACCCACAGCACAAUCGUACGAAGAGAUUUUGAAGAAGGGCCUUAUGUCGAAACUGGAAUUCCCCGUCGAAACAAAUGCCAAAAUUACAGACGACCAGAACUACCAUGACAAGGCUGAGACGAUGCAACUCCAUCUGGAGCAACGCCUGCUGCAAGACCACAUCCGACUGGACCUUGCACGAAAUGGCUUCAAAUCUCACAUCAGAGCUUACGCAACACACACUCGUGAAGAGCGUGUUCAUUUCGAUAUUACCCAGCUACACUUGGGACAUAUUGCCAAGAGCUUCGCCCUUCGUGAACCACCUCGUGGCGUUGGCUCUGGCAUCGACCGCAAGACAAAGAAGGGCAAGAAGACGUCACAAUCAAAGACAUCUUCAGGUGCAAAGGAUGAACCCGAGGCGACUGUGGAUAUCAGAGAGGGUCGCGAUAUUCUGAAGAAGAAGGGCAAGAUGCUGAUGACCGGCGCGGACGAGUUCAACAUUGGUUAGAUAUUCUAGACGUUUAUAUUGCAUCAGCGAGUCCAUUACCACUUAUUACGAGUACGAAUAAUUCAAUGCAAAUCAUUGUUUACGGCCAUUAUUAGCCAAUAAGAGCGUCAAUGUGUAGCAGGGUG